GGGAAGCGAGGAGGUAGAACUAACAUUUGAGCAGUGCGCUGUGUCUUUUUUUAAAAAAAAAACGUGGGAUCUGUCGAGAGGCGCCGGACUUUCAAUGGGAGAAAUUAAAAGUCACAAAAAGAGGAGGAAAAAAAAAAUCCACUUGACCCUGUGCUUCUUUGCUCUCACACUCCUGGUGGAUCCUGUGAGGAGUGACCCCGAGCUCCUGCUGCUUGUUUAAAAGGUCGGCAGUACGUGAUGCUCUGUUUCUUGGUGGGACGUGGGCCAUCCUGUUGAUGCCAAAUGGAAGACCUUGAGUUUGAUACAAUGCGGGAGACAUUAUCCAAUUUCUCAAAUUCAUCCAGUGACCUGACUGCUAGCAUCAACAAAACCUGCUCCUUGAACAAGGGUUUCCAGUUUUACUAUCUGCCCAUCAUGUACAUUAUUGUGUUCGUCAUUGGAUUCAUUGGAAACAGUGUUGCGCUCUGGAUGUUCAUAUUCUACAUGAGGCCUUGGAGCAGCAUCACUGUAUACAUGUUUAACCUUGUCCUGGCCGACCUCUUCUACGUCUUCUCUCUGCCGGUUUUAAUAUUUUAUUACUUCAACAAGACCGACUGGAUCUUCGGGGGGACGCUGUGCAAACUGCAGAGGUUUAUUUUCCACGUUAACCUAUACGGGAGCAUCUUGUUUCUGACCUGCAUCAGUGUCCACAGGUACAUGGGGGUAGUCCACCCCAUGAAAUCACUGGGCAGGUUGAAGAAAAAAUCUUCCAUUAUUGUGUGUGCGUGUGUGUGGGUCAUAGUAAUGGCUGGUAUCGCCCCAAUUCUGUACUUCUCUCGAAUUGGGCUAAGGAAGAAUAAAACAAUGACAUGCUACGAUACGACAUCUAGAGAGCUCCUGCACACUUACUUCAUUUACAGCAUGCUCACUACAUUCUUUGGUUUCUGUGUCCCCUUCGCCACCAUUCUGGUCUGUUAUGGAUUUAUAGUGAAGGCGCUAAUAUUUAACGACAUGAAGACACCUCUCCGGGGCAAGUCCGUGCGUCUCGUUAUCAUUGUGCUGGCAGUCUUUGCUGUCGCCUACCUCCCCUUCCACGUGAUGAAGAAUUUAAACCUUCAGUCCAGACUUUAUUACCAGGGGUCAGAGACGUGCGGGUGGAACAAGAGAGUCUACGCCACCUAUCAAGUGACCAGGGGUCUGGCCAGCCUCAAUAGCUGCGUGGACCCAAUCCUGUACUUUCUGGCAGGAGACACUUUCAGGAGGAGGUUUACUAGCGCAGCCAAUAGAUUCAUGUCUCGACGAGGCGAGACCAAUCUACAGUUUCGGAGUGAAGACAGUCCACUUAAUGUUGCAUCAAACAUUUCACAAAACGGAGACACCUCUCUCUGAACUUACUGUUGUGUUGGUGAAUUUUAUUGAUUUAGGUUUUGAAGGUACAGGAAGAAUUGUGUUUGAGAAUGUCUCAAUUUAAAGCUUUGGUCUAUUAUAGGAUAUAAUACAGAAUGAAGUACCCAACAAUCAUAAGUUCAUGCAUACAGUUUGUACCUAACUGUUUAUCUUCCAAAUCAAUCACAGCUGAAUCUGAAAUUUUAAUUUUGGAGCAAGGAUUAUUUUUUUCAUCAUUUGGAAAGUCAUUUAUUUUGUUCCUCCAUCUCUUUCCAACGUGCGCAUUAGUUAGUUUUCAGUGCCCCAGUGCUGUUAUGAAAUCAAAACAGAGGAAGCAUGCUAGAGUAGCUCUGGGGUGACUGUCUCCAUGGGGAAGUUACUCACAGCUGCUCACCGCCCCUCCCAGCCACCAUGACUUGGCAGAAAUCUGGAACCCAACCGAUAUGAGCAAAAAUGAUCCUGAACUUGAGAGUUUCCAGAUGUUUCUCCUGACGGUCAUCCUGACACUUCUAUAUGAUAGGACAGACGGCCAAGUAGGGCCACGCCAAUCUUGAAUCCGGUUCCUAACUAAUUGCAAUGGAGGUUCUUCACGGUUCUUUACAGGUCAUUUCGGGGAGAGCUGAUUUUCUUUUUGACAUAAAACGCUCAAGCUUGGGCAUGGGCAGUAAGCUGGCCACCAGCUGCAUGCUCCGCCCAAUUUGCAGCUCCACUAAAUGCGAUGGAAAGCAAAAUUGGAUAUUGGCUGAAGCCAUUCCACAGCCUCCAGCCUACCGCCAGUCAAUUCCGGUUGGACACGUUCCUGUGCCCAGCGCCAACAACCCUUGCCAUUGGCUGCCCAACACGUCAAUCCUCAUGGAGCCCCAUCUUCCCAGGGCCAAUUGGAAAGCCAGCACACUCUUUGUUACCCGACUAGCUGAUUCUUCAUUCUCAGUCAAACGGCCUUUUUCUCUUCAUCACCAAAACGGUUAUAACUGGAAACAAAAGUGUUCCAAAAUAUGAAAAAGAAACAAAAACAAAAACAGAAUUACCUGGAAAAACUCAGCAGGUCUGGCAGCAU